AAUCGACUCUCAAACCCUUGUAUUGCGCAUGCGUGGUAGCAGUUAGCGACAAAGCGCCGACAAUCAAUACUACGGCAGUGCAAACGUAAUCGUAAUCGUAGCAGAUCAUAAAUGCUAAACAAAAUGUUGAACAUAUUUCUAUUGUUUUUCAUCGUUUUCAAUGUGUAUUGUGAACCGGAGACGGUGAGAGAUAAUCUAGAUUACUUCAGUUACGGGAACAACGAAGAUGUACUGAAGAAUUUGGAUGUACAUGCCCCUAAAGAUGAGAUCGUACUCAGACCACAAGAAGUAAAAGACUGGCCCCAACAGUCUCUCAACGUUGGCCAGAUAACCGCAGUCUCUAUAAAUUCAUUGGGACAACCGGUUAUUUUCCACAGAGCAGAAAGAGUUUGGGAUGAAAGCACUUUUAAUGAAUCAAACGUCUAUCAGAACUUAGACAAAGGACCUAUAAUAGAAGAUACAAUUUUAGUGCUGGACUCUCAUACCGGGUCAGUUCUGCACAGCUGGGGGGCUUACGCAUUCUACAUGCCACAUGGAUUAACUGUCGACCAUCAUGAUAAUGUUUGGGUCACCGACGUCGCAAAACAUCAAGUCUUUAAGUAUACACCUAGCAAUCACCAAUACCCUAGUCUGACUAUUGGUGAAGCAUUUACAGCGGGCUAUCCGUACAGACGUCGCGUAUUGUUAUGCAUGCCGACUUCAGUAGCCAUAGCAACGACUGGCGAAAUCUUUGUCGCCGACGGUUACUGCAACAAUCAGAUCUUGAAGUUCAACGCAGCUGGUACUUUGUUGUUAACAAUUCCUGCAUUCACGGACACGUUAACACUCAAUCUGCCACAUAGUGUCACAUUACUCGAACAUCUGGAUGUGGUGUGCGUUGCUGAUAGAGAGAACAUGAGAAUCGUAUGCCCGAAAGCUGGUCUUAAGAGUUACAUAGAUAUAAUGGAACCGGCGACGAUAAUCGAAGACCCUACGUUAGGCCGAGUGUUCGCUGUGGCUUCUCAUGGUGACAUUAUUUACGCCGUCAAUGGACCGACAUCACAAAACAUAGCAGUUAGAGGGUUUACUGUAAAUGCUGUUUACGGUAAUAUUUUGGACACUUGGGAACCUGCUACUGGUUUCACCAAUCCGCAUUCCUUGGCCGUAACGAGGAACGGAUCUCACUUAUAUGUGACAGAAAUCGGACCAAACAAGAUCUGGAAGUUUGAAUUGACCGAUGUUUACGACCGAAAGUAGAAGACAACGAAGAUACCUAUAGAAUAAUUUAUUUAUAAGCUUUACAAAAUAUCGCUUUGUUGCGAUGGCGGAUAAAAUUCGCAUUUAACCUAACAGUUCUAUAGUUAAUUAUAAUGUUAAAAAAUACGAUAAACUUUACUACUAUUGAUGCUUAAAAAUAUAUUUCAAUUUAAAUGUUUAACAUGCUAUCCGUAAAUUCUAUUGCAAAAUAUAUCUAUUCAAAUAUUAUUAUAAAUCGAUUAUCAUGUUUUGUUUAUAUUGUAAACGUAGCUAAUUAUGGUAGAAUUUUGUACUAUAAUCGUUACGGUAGAGAAUGGUUGGACGAUCGCCAACGACGCCUGACAGGAAAAAGGGCGUCACUGAUCUAUGAAUUACUACCAGUUAAUACCUUUAAACGCUCCACUAAUAUCGAGAAAAAGUAUCACCUAGGACGUUAGUACAGCUAAAACCAGUUUAGUCCAUAAUUUGGUUCUCAACAGUUAUAUUCUGAAACUUAUUCUAAAAUGUUUCAAAAAUUACACAACAUUUUUAUGUUUAAAAUGCUAAUAUCUAUUGUCUCAAUUCUAAAAUAUAUGUCCCAAGUAAAACACUCAGAAACGUGUUUUAAAAUAAAUAGACCCGACAUUCAAAAGCAGUUCAGAAGCCACUUUUUCCACUUUAUUUGUACUGUUAUUUCUAACAAUGUCGUUUGCAUACUUUAACCGUCGUUGUUUUAUAUUUGUUGACCAUACCCAGUGUCUAGUUAAAAAUAAAACUGUACUU